UACCAUAAAUGGGAUUCCUGUAACUUUGGUUUCGCUUUCAUUUAGAAGCUGCUGGAUGCAUGGAGAAUGUUUCAGUUCAGAUAAAAUUGCAGUACGUUAACCAGCAAUAGCUGUAUGAACAGACGAAUAUGUGCCUGCCUAGUGGGAAAUGCAGCUGUAAAUACAGAGAAAUUCACUUGUAAUGCAGACCUAGCAGUUCUGAAGCUGGGAGCCCUUCCUCUGCCACUAGCCUGAGCACUUCCCUGUAAGAUCCAGCAGGCCGAAGUGCCACUGUAACCUGGAUUCCUGGUAAACCCUCCACCAUCAGAAGCCCUUAACAGGAUAUCAGCUGGCAUAAAUCAGUGUGAGUCCCGGAGGAGAGUUGGAGACAUAGGCAGUUUUUGUUUAAAGCCAACUUUACAUCCUCUCUAAAUUCCAAAAGGCACCUCCUGUACUAAGGGUCCAUUUCACUGACUGUAGAGAAGCUGGAAAUGUCCCCUGAUCCUGUAACUCCUGAGAAGUUUCUCCUGGGCUCAUGAGUUACAAUCAAGAUGAGGAUUUCCUUCCACUCCCAUUGUGCAAUGGUCAACUUCUCUCUGUGCAGUUACAUCAUUUUCUUUUUUAUGCUCCAUGUUUCUACACUGGAAUCAGUGAAUUUCAAGGUGAUUGGACCUGAUCAUCCCAUCACGGUCUCUGCAGGGGAAGAUGCCCUGUUACCCUGUCACCUCUCCCCCAGCAUGAAUGCUCAGGAGAUGGAGGUGCGCUGGUUCCAAUCCAGGGCCUCUGAACUUGUCCAUCUGUAUCAGCAUGGAAAAGAUCAGACUGAGCUGCAAAUAUCAAAAUAUCGGGACAGAACAGAGCUGCUGAAGGACGGUAUCGUGGAUGGAAGAGUUGCCCUGCAUAUACGCAACAUCACCCCCUCUGACCAAGGACAGUUUAUCUGUUUCUUCCGAUCACCCAGCUUUUCUGGGGAAGCCACUCUGGAACUGAAGGUGACAGGUCUGGGCUCUACUCCUCGCAUCUCUAUUGACAGCUACCAGAGCAGAGGGAUCCACAUGGUGUGUGAAUCUGCUGGAUGGUACCCGGAGCCCCAGGUGCAGUGGAGAGACCUGAGGGGGCAGCACUUACCAUCCCUGACAGAAAAAAUAACUCAACAUGAUAACGGCCUGUUUGAAGCACAAAUUUCCAUUAUUGUAACAGAAACUUCCAGUCAGGAUCUGUCCUGCUCUGUCAGCAACUCCCACCUCAACCAAGGGAAAGAAUCCAUGGUCUACAUUGCAGAUUCUUUCUUCCUGGGGGCCUACCCCUGGAAUGUGGCUGUGCACAUACUCCUGGUUGCUUUGGGCUUGCUCAUUUUCACGUCCAGCUACUUCUUCUGGAAGCAACACAAGGCAAAAGGGAAACUUGUUGCGGACCUUGAGAAACAUCUUGCAGAGAAAGAGAAGCUCCAGAAUGAACUUCAGUUGAGAAGAGUUCAAAUAUAUCAAGCCAGCGUGAUUCUGGAUCCAAUCACUGCUCAUCCUGAUCUCAUCCUGUCUGAGGAUCAGACAUGUGUAACAAAAGGAGAUACAGCACAGAAUGUGCCAGACAAUCCUGAGAGAUUUGAUUCUUCUGUGUGUGUCCUGGGUUCUGAAGGUUUCACAUCAGGGAUACAUUACUGGGAGGUGGAAGUGGGGAAUGGUGGUGACUGGUGGGCUGUAGGGGUUGCCAGAGAGUCUAUAAGGAGGAAGGGAUGGCUCAAUUUUAGCCCAUUGGAGAAGAUCUGGGCUGUGGAGUGUGACUGGGGUAAAUACCAGGCUCUUGACUCCCCUGUGAUCCAUUUGCCUCUGAAUGAGCGACUUGAGAAAAUUGGGGUUUCUCUGAACUUCAAAGAGCGCCAUAUAGCAUUUUAUGAUACUGAUAACAUUGUGCCAAUAUACACUUUCAAAGAGGUCUCUUUCUCUGAUGAGAAAAUCUUUCCUUUCUUCUGUAUUUGGAGAACUCCAGGAAAAUAUAUCAAACUAUGUGACCGAGAAAAGAGCUAGCCCUACAUUUUCAAGUGUUCAUCAUUUUUUUGUGCCAGCACUCAAAAUUAGUGGGCACUUAUGAAAAUUUAGAGCAAAUUACUUCACUGUGCCCAGAAUUCUGUACCUUUCAAAACUACGGAAAACAUGAAUGGUCAGGAGAAAAUGUCAAUGACACAGCAUUUACCCAAGCUAUUUUUCUAACCUCUAGUAUUCUGGAAGCCAAGUGUGAUAAAUGAAGAAGGGAAGUGGGGGGAGGGGAGCUCCCUUUUAUGAACACACAGCCUGCCAGUUAGCUGUAAAAUCCCUCUUGGUAGCUGUUCUCUGCUUGCUUUUCCUGUAAAGGGUUAAAAAGUCCCCCAGGUUAAAAAAAAGCAAAGAAAAGGAGUGGGCAUCUGACCAAAAGAGCCAAUGGGAAGGCUAGAACUUUUUAUAAUUGGGAAAGAACUUUCCCUUUUUGUGUUGUUUUCUGGACUGCAGGGACAUGGAGCAGCAAUGCUGUGUAAGGUUUGAACCAGGUAUGAAAAAUUAUCUUCCAUAUCUAGAAGGAAUUAUUUGCAUAGGGAAUAUUUAGAUAAACACAAUCAGGUUUAUUUCUUUAUUUUUGCUUGUGGAUCUCCUCUGUGCUAACCCCAGAUGCUUUUGUUUUGUUGUAACCUUUAAACUGAACCCUGUUUUGGGUGCUUAAUUUUU